AUGGAACAGCGAGCUUUCCUCCAGUUGGCGGUGCUGGCGUCCAUUGCUACCAUCAGCGUCUUUGUGGGCGUUGGAAUGUACCGCAAUCGCCAGCAUCAUCAUCAUCAGCAGCAGCAGAAACAGGAUACAAAGCAGUCUCCAUCGUUGUCUUCCCCUCAGGCUAAGCUUGCCACAGCGCAGCAGAAGGAAGCCACACUAGCCACUAAGAAAUACAAGUCUGGAGAUUAUGAUGGGGCCGUCGAGCUUUAUUCUGUCGCCAUCUCCAAAUGUGAGCAGCUGCAGCCGCUUGACGCCCGCAACCUUAAAGUCAUGUACUCGAACCGCGCUGCAGCCUACGAAAAGCUACACGAUUACGCAAACGUUGUCUUUGACUGUACCAAGGCCCUGAGUUUGGACAAUAGACACCAAAAGUCGUAUUUGCGCCGGGCGAAAGCUAGAGCCAAUAUGGGGGAUUUGCGUCGAUCGCUUGUGGAUUACGUGUGUCUAUUAGUGAUCUCCGAGGAGAAGCAGGAGCAGGUGGAUGAAAACUUAGCUCAAGAAAUUAGCCGUAUCCACAGCGAGAUUACCGUGAAGGAGAUCGAGGAUGCACAGCAGAACAAGCAGAACCCUGUGCGCUAUUUGCCCGACCAGUUCUUUGUGACGUCGUACUACUCAUCAUUUCAUUCGAGUGACGACGAAAACGAUGUUGUUGCUGAAAAAUCUUCAGAGGAGUACACGAUUGAGUUAGAGACCCUAGGAGCUCGAGAUGACGUUCGUUCGCAGCGUUGUUUACUACUGACGAAGCGGGGACUUGCAUUGAAGAAAGAGAAAGACUAUGACAUGGCUGCCAAGGACCUGGCCGCUGCCUGUAAGAUCGUUCGCCCUGAAGACAAAGCUUAUUAUACGGCCCAGAUUGAGAACGGAACGUACCAUCACCUUUGUGGCGAGUUUGAGCUUGCUCGUAAGUCAUUCAAAAAGGCCCUUGAUGCCAAACCCCACUCCAUUUUUGCGAAAAUUCGCAUGGGUGGUCUUUGUUUUGAUCAAAAAGACCUGAAGACGGCGCUUGAUUGGUUUGACAAGGCUUUGGCUGAGAAGUCAGAAUGCUCUACGGCCUACUUUCACCGUGGCCAGCUUCAUUCUAUUGACGUAUCACCAGAUGGAACCAGUAAUGAAUCGUCUAUGGCGGCAGCUUUGAAUGAUCUAGAGAAGUGCAUUAGCAUUGCGCCCGACUUUGCCAUGGCCUACAUUCAAUUGGGCGUUACCCAUGCCCGUAACGGCAAUUUCCAGGGUGCGUUGGAGUAUCUUACUACGGCGGCUCGCAUCACACCCGAUGUGCCGGAAAUUUACAAUUACAUGGGGGAGACAUACAUGCAGAUGCUACAGACCCCCGGCAGUAGUGUUGAUUUGAAGACUGUGGAGGAAAUGUUUGAGAAAGCGAUCGAGCUGGACCCAUCGUACCCGAUGGCAUACAUUAAUCAGGGUAACUUGUUGGUCCAAAAGGGCGCAGAGUACGGUCGCCAGGCGCUCGGUCUGUUCGAGAAGGCUGUGGAGAUGUGUCCUCGUUCGAAGUUUGCAUACUGCCAUCUUGCUCAGGUAUACAUGGCAAUGCAGGAGUAUUCUCGCGCCAUUGAGCAGAUUGACAAGGCAGUGGCUUUUGCCUUUAGCAAGGAUGAGUUCAACGAACUGUUUGCCAUCCGCGUGACGGCCGAGACACACCAGCAGGCUUCGGUGUUACUCCGCUAG